AUGGAGAUGCAGCAGCUGCACCGACAACAACAGCAGGCGCAGCAGUCGCAUUUCGUGGCAUCAGAGGACGAGGAUCUAGAGCAGAAACAGCAAGAACCACAUAACCAACAGCAACAACAGCAAACAACACAGCACCAACAACAACAAGAACAACAGCAGCAGCAACAAGAGCAACAGGGACAUCUCAAGGAUGCGGGAAUGAUGACCGAAAAGCCAGAUGAGGAGUUUAAGCAGCAACAACAAAGGCAGCAACAGCAACAGCGAGAUGAAGACCAACAACAACAGCAACACGAACAUACAGAAGAUUCAGAUAUGGAACAAACUGACGAUCAGGAUACAGAAUAUGGGGAGAAUAAUGAGCAGGAAGGCGACGACGAGGACGACGACGAUGAUGAUGGCACCAUUGUGGAAGAUAGCGAUGCCACCAGCUGUAGUAGUUGUCGCCGAGCCGAACUGGAGGAAAGUCAGGGGGAGGAGGAACAACCAUUAUCAGCCCCCCAAAAAGCUAAAACUCCAUAGACGAUGUUCUUUCCAUAGAAAGACAAAAGAUCCACACGCACCAUACAUAUGUCUAUUCAAUGCAAGGAAUACCCAUACCCAUAAAACCAAUUGUUGAAGGUAUUCCUUUCAUUAUGUGUCACGCUGGAUAAGACUCGAAAAAAUAGCGACUAGAAAAGUUUAAAAAAAACGCUACUAGAACACACAAACACUCGAAGAAAAAGCAUGAAAACCAACGCGGUUUAGUUUUGAAAUCAUCAUUUCCCAUCCACAACCUUGACUUUACGAAAAAAAUUGGUAAUUUUGGGGUUGCAUAUUCGUCGCCCCAUGAUUCUGUUUACUUAUAUUAUUUUUUUUUUCUUUGGCUACAAAUGUAUUGUGAUGUGCUGGCGCUUUGUUUGGCCUUAUAAUUUACUUACAAAAACCUGCAAAUGCGUAAUUAAACAACUGUUAACUAAAAAUGAACCAAAAAACCCCCCUGUGUUGUAUUUAUUUAUUAUUUUUUUUAUUUAAAAUUCGUUGGAGCUUAGCAGAGGCGAGGACCCCCCCACUCACACACACACACAAAUGUACACAUAGCACAGGCAACAACCACCACUACAACCGAACGAGCAAAGUAAAAAAGGAUAAACAAAUUGUGUAAGGAAAACUCACAUAUUUUUCUGUCGGAUGGAUUAUUUAUGUGUAUUGAACUCAACUCAACGUGUAAACGGAAACCAAGCAAAAUAUAUAAGAAAAAAAUAGUAUAAUGUGAAAUUUGCAUACACACACAUAUAUAGACACUUUUCUGCACACCUGAUAUAUACACAGAGAACAUUUUUAUUUGCCGUUUCGAAAUAUAUAUUUUUUAUUUAGCUUUCGAAUACUAUAUUUUUAAAUAUAUGUGCUUAUAACAAUAUCAAAUAUUUUUUCUGUUAUCUGAGAAUAUCUUGAAAUAAUAGAUUUUUAAAUAUCGAUUCUAUUUUCAACAUAAGAAUUAUAUACUUUUGAGAAUUUAAUUUAAUAUUAUUUGAGAUGAUACAUUUGAGCUGUUAAUUUAAGAUCAUAACCUUAAAACAAUUUAUUGGACAUGUUUAUUGUAUUGUUUUAUUUUUCUCUGUGUUCCCGAACAAUGUAUUAUUCAUUGCUUACGAGAAAACCAAAUCGGUGUGUGUUUGGACAUGGAUUUUCCCAUCCCAAAAAAAACCUCUAUGUUCGCCUAUUUAUCCCUACAUCUACCUCUUAAUUCCCUAAUCAAAUCCUUUUUCUCGCUUUUUUCCCUGGAUUGCUAGCCAACAAGAACAAACUACAACAAUUACAGCAACAAAUCACAAGCAAAUCGAAUAUUAUGUGUGUAUGUGUAUAUGUAUUGUCCAUCCACAGCAGCAAAGUAUGCAACAAAAUUUUUGUAGAACUGCAAGCAGUAAUAAAACCGAAAAAAGCGAAAGAAAAAUUCGGAGAAAACCGAAAGCAAACGCAAAAAAAAACCAAGAACAACCCAAGGAAAAUAUAAUUAUCAUCUUGUCGUUUAUAUAAAUGUGUGCUAUGUGUUUUCGAAUCGGAUUUAUGUUAUGCAAAAAACAGAAAAUUUAAAGGAAUGAAAGCUAACAGUAAAUAAGAAACAAAGUAAAAUAUAUAUAUUCAUGCAAGAAAUACAAAAUAAAGUAAACAUUGGUGUAAAUUAAGCAAGAACUUAAGUAAAACCUACUAAAAAUCAAAAAAAAAAUGAAGCUUAAUACGUAAUUUCCUAACAGAAGACAUAUACAUAUGCAGCACUUACACAAAUCCACCCUCACACUCAAACAAAAGGACACGUUCGUACAUUUACCGAUACUUUUCAAACACACAUACAGCACCUCUCUCUAUUUAAAUAUUGCGUUUUUAGAAUUAUUGCUCAGCACGUUUUUGCGUAGACACAAAACUAUUUAUGCUAACGGUAAGAAUACGACCUCUUCUCUUACUCACACACACACCCACACUCCUCCCACGCACACACACACAUACACUCACAAAAAAAUGAAGAAAAGGGAUGAAAAAACAAUUUUUUUCUUAAAAAUCAGAAUGGCGAAUUUCUAACGGGAAAGAAAAACACAAAAAACACACAUGAGGACUUCUAAUAAGUGUUUAUAUAUACAAAUAUAUAUAUAAAUAUAUAUAUGUAUACAUAUAAAAGAGAGCAUACUUUUUUGUCAUAAUGCAAAAUAUUUGUGUGAGAAACCAAUUUUUGAUGUAACAGAAAAACGAAAACCAGAAAAACUCGAAAAAUUAACGGUAUAAGAGCGAUGAGAUAAAGAAAGUGGAAAAUUGAUUUUUUCCUUUUUUAAUUUUUUUUCAAUCGACCUAUCCAUUUUCUCAUUUUCCGGUAGAAACUUUUGAAACUCAAAUAUUUAGCUGCCAUUUCUAUUUUAAAAAAUAACAAAUACAAAAACUAGUUUAAAACUUAGUUUGUAAACCACUUAUUUCGAUUUAUCUGUUUAAUAUUCUACUUUGUCUAUAUCUUUUUAACUGGUUUUUUGUGCAAGAAACAAACAUUACUUUAGUUUUUGUAAGAGAUUAGUAAAUUAUGUGAGUUGAGGCGAUUAAAAGCGGAGUUCGCUUUUGCAACUGCAAUCGCGAAUAUGGAUUAAUGGAGGCAAUUUCAAAGUAACAAUACGAGUAAGAAAUGAGAAAGAAAGAAAAACCAAAUGAGAUCUUCAAUGUGAAAUAAAAGUACUUCUUUGAAAGCA